AUGGGACAGAGUAACAAUGUCACAGAAUUUAUCCUCCUGGGCCUCACUCAGGAUCCUACUGGACAAAAAGCAUUGUUUGUUAUGUUUUUGCUCAUGUACAUUGUGACAAUUGUGGGCAACCUGCUCAUUGUGAUGACAAUUAUUGCCAGCUCCUCUUUGGCCUCCCCAAUGUACUUCUUCCUAGCCUUUCUGUCACUCAUGGAUGCUGUUUAUUCCACUGCCAUCUUGCCCAAGUUGCUUAAAGACUUAGUUUGUGACAAGAAGACCAUCUCCUUCACAGCUUGCUUGGUUCAGCUUUUUGUGGAGCACUUAUUUGGUGGUGCUGAGGUCUUCCUUUUGGUGGUGAUGGCCUAUGAUCGCUAUGUGGCCAUCUGUAGGCCACUGCACUACUUGACCGUCAUGAAUCAGCAGGAACUUUGUUCAGAUAAGCAGAAAGCAUUAAUGGUACUUUGAACUCAGAUGGCAGAAGAAGGAGAUAAUGACUUCUGAUCAUGUGUAAUCUUUCCAUCUUCCAGUGAUAAUAAACCCUUCAGAAAUCU